UCCAGAACAGAGACCUCAACAGUCUCCAGCCCAGGGUGCUCUUUUACACAGAGUUGUAUCGAGUUGGAUGAAUCACUUUCACCUUUGGAAGCUGACUGGUUCCUUCGGUUUGAAAUACCAUGGGAAAAACUCCCUACUGACCUCCUUUACAAGUUAGAAAGGCAAGAAAGGCCAUCGCCAAAGCAACGCAGAGAAAUGAUACGACUCAUUAUUAAUUAAGUCACGGGUCUGCAAGAGGCCUUCAAAGAAACAUCUUGCAGAUAUAGCAAGAAGAAUUGUGGCAAAAUAUCCUAAAUCUUUGCAGGAUGUUAUCGAAGGCCACAUAGUUGGCAGUGGAUAUGAUUCCUUGGUAAAACAGCUGCAGAGCAGAGCAGAUAAUGUGAAGAGUACACAGUUUUCUACCCCCAAAAGACAGUUUCAACACAGUAGUGGGAGCGACACGGAAGAAGUUCCUGCAAAGGAACGAGCUUUACCUCAAGACACUUACGGUUGCAUAAACUGGGAUCCCGAGCACCUGCCAAUCACAGAGACACUUGCAAGUCAAAAACAGCAACAAGAAGAAAUGAAAACCAUGUUCAGAGAAAGAAACUGGGAUACACAGAUCAUCACCAAAAAAAAUGAUGGCAACGUACUACACUCAGAGAAAAGACAUCAUACGAGGUAUGGAAACUGAAAAAAUAAGGAGGGAGUGGCCAUUUCUGUUUGAAAUGCCAGGAUUACAAGCACACUUCAGGGCACUUACAGGUGUACAAUUAGAAGGGAAAUUUUUUGAGACCGUAAAAAACAAAUCGCACAGAAUUCUGGCCUACAUGGACACUCUCAACAAUGAGAAACAAAGAAAAACUGCAAGAGUUUUGGCACAGAUCGAAGUUGCAAAGGGCGACACAAAGUCUAAAUUACCGGAGAUGCCAGGGUUGGUUUUGCUGCUGCUUGCUUACUUUGGUGAAGACGACAAGCAAAUGUUUUUCCAGGUGGAUGACACUUGCUUACCUUCUGAAGUGCCAACAUCUGAUCUGCCUGCAUCACCUUGCAUUAUUUUCUGUGGAGAUUCCCUUCUGACUGCAUCCCGCUUAAUGCUGAGCAUUGAUAAAGUUGUUGUUACAGAACAACAAACUAACUUUGUGGAAGCUUUGCUUAUGAUGUUUGCAUCCUGCUACUGCUUGAACAUCCAUUACCCGUCAGAGUUGGGAGCAACACUUGAAUUUCUUCAAAGGAUAGGAGAGAGCGAGGUGGUCUCCUGUGCCAUUGUCCAACAUGGCAGAGAGUUUGCAGUGGGGGUGGCACACAAUUGGCAGAGCAUCGCUGGGUUACGGGUCUGCAAGAGGCCUUCAAAGAAACAUCUUGCAGAUAUAGCAAGAAGAAUUGUGGCAAAAUAUCCUAAAUCUUUGCAGGAUGUUAUCGAAGGCCACAUAGUUGGCAGUGGAUAUGAUUCCUUGGUAAAACAGCUGCAGAGCAGAGCAGAUAAUGUGAAGAGUACACAGUUUUCUACCCCCAAAAGACAGUUUCAACACAGUAGUGGGAGCGACACGGAAGAAGUUCCUGCAAAGGAACGAGCUUUACCUCAAGACACUUACGGUUGCAUAAACUGGGAUCCCGAGCACCUGCCAAUCACAGAGACACUUGCAAGUCAAAAACAGCAACAAGAAGAAAUGAAAACCAUGUUCAGAGAAAGAAACUGGGAUACACAGAUCAUCACCAAAAAAAUGAUGGCAACGUACUACACUCAGAGAAAAGACAUCAUACGAGGUAUGGAAACUGAAAAAAUAAGGAGGGAGUGGCCAUUUCUGUUUGAAAUGCCAGGAAUACAAGCACACUUCAGGGCACUUACAGGUGUACAAUUAGAAGGGAAAUUUUUUGAGACCGUAAAAAACAAAUCGCACAGAAUUCUGGCCUACAUGGACACUCUCAACAAUGAGAAACAAAGAAAAACUGCAAGAGUUUUGGCACAGAUCGAAGUUGCAAAGGGCGACACAAAGUCUAAAUUACCGGAGAUGCCAGGGUUGGUUUUGCUGCUGCUUGCUUACUUUGGUGAAGACGACAAGCAAAUGUUUUUCCAGGUGGAUGACACUUGCUUACCUUCUGAAGUGCCAACAUCUGAUCUGCCUGCAUCACCUUGCAUUAUUUUCUGUGGAGAUUCCCUUCUGACUGCAUCCCGCUUAAUGCUGAGCAUUGAUAAAGUUGUUGUUACAGAACAACAAACUAAUUUUGUGGAAGCUUUGCUUAUGAUGUUUGCAUCCUACUACUGCUUGAACAUCCAUUACCCGUCAGAGUUGGGAGCAACACUUGAAUUCCUUCAAAGGUACAAUCAUAUAAGCACUCUGAAAUAUGGGCUCCUGAGUGGCAUAUCUGGUAAAGGCCUCAACCUUGAGUGCAGGAUAGGAGACAGCGAGGUGGUCUCCUGUGCCAUUGUCCAACAUGGCAGAGAGUUUGCAGUGGGGGUGGCACACAAUUGGCAGAGCAUCGCUGGGGUAGGGAGGGUUUGA